AUGUACCACCAGAUUCUGGUACAUCAACAAUACCGGUCAUUUCAACACAUACUUUGGCGGGCGUCAACAACGGACGAACUGAAGGAGUAUCAGCUUAACACGGUCACCUAUGGCGUGAAUUGUGCCCCCUACUUGGCCUUAAGAGUGCUUCAAGACAUAGCUGAACAAGAGGGCAGUGACUUUCCGACAGUCAAAGACGCGUUGUUGCAUCAGACAUAUGUCGAUGACGUUUGUGUCGGAGCUGAUACUUCCAAUGAACUCGUAAAGUUGCAGUCAGACUUGCAAUUAGUCCUGGGCCGCGCCGGUCUGGACCUCAAAAAAUGGUCAAGUAAUUUGCCAUCUAUAUUGACAGCCGUGCCUUUGGAGGACCGUGCUUCUGACGUCAUUCAUUUCGACGAUAAGGAGGGUGGUGUGACAAAGGUUUUGGGUCUUCAAUGGAAUCCCUCGAUGGAUGUGUUCGGAUUCAACGUAUGUCCAUCAUCACACACUCCAACCAAACGUACUGUUCUGUCCACCAUCGCGAGAAUUUAUGACCCGAUCGGAUUUCUCGCUCCAGUCAUAUUUUAUGCUAAGCAUAUCAUGCAAAGGAUUUGGAAGGCGAAUGUAUCCUGGGACGACCCUCUACCACCAAAUUUGGUCAAUUGUUGGUCCGUGUUUGUCGACAGUCUCCCGGCACUAUCAAAUGUAAAGGUUCCUCGUUUCCUAUCCACGCAAUUGCAGUCUCGCGUUCAGCUGUGCGGCUUCUGCGAUGCGUCAGAAAAGGGUUAUUCGGCAGUAGUGUACUUGCGCACAGUCACACACAAUCACUCUGUCUCUAUUUCGCUACUUGGAUCCAAAACCAAAAUGGCUCCUGUAAAGACUUCCACUGUGCCUAGACUCGAGUUAUGUGCCGCUGUCCUACUUGCUCGGUGGCUGUACCGCCUUCUGACGAUAUUGCAGGAUAAACUGAACGUAGACUUUACCUUUGCUUGGUCUGAUUCACAGAUAGUUUUGUCCUGGUUAGUCAAACCUCACUCUAUGUUCAAAGUGUUUGUCUCCAAUCGUGUGCAUCGAAUACAUACACUUCUUCCACAUUGCCAAUGGGGAUAUGUUCGCUCUGCUAUCAAUCCUGCGGAUUGCGCUUCCAGGGGAAUGCUACUUUCCGAGUUGAUUAGCCAUUCGUUGUAUUGGUGUGGCCCGAAAUUUUUAUAUGCUAAUGUCGAUACUUGGGACACGUCUCCAACUCCCAUUCCAGUGGAACAAUUACCUGAUACUAAGAUCGUAUCCCUUACCGUAACUUUUGGUGAACCAUCUGAAUGGAUUUGUCGAUUUUCCUCGUAUGAACGCAUGCUUCGUGUCAUAUCGUGGGUACGCCGUUUCAUUUUUCACUGUAAGCGUAAGGAGUACCCACUCACCUUCUUGCAGGCAUCUGAGCUUCAGGAGUCACUUGUCAGUAUUGUCUUAGUAUCUCAGCGUCUAUUGUUGUCUGGAUUGUUCAUCACCCUGGAAUCGAACCGAACUCCAUCAAGCUCAUACGCUCGUCUCCGCCCAUUCAUUGACUCCAACGGACUGAUCCGCAUUGGCGGUAGACUACAUCACGCCGAUCUACCAACUCUUCAGAAGCAGCCCAUGCUGUUACCCAAGACGUCACACUUAGCUAAGCUGAUCGUUCGACACUGGCAUUUAGUUACGUGUCAUUUUGGACCCAGGGUUAUAACCGCUUUGAUAACCCGUAACUUUUGGAUAAUGUCAGUUCGUGUUGUCAUUCGUCAGACUAUUGGGUCAUGCACCACCUGUGUUCGAGCUAUCGCUCAAUCUCCGCAACCUCUGAUGGCAGAUUUGCCUGCAGCCCGCGUUCAAGUAUGUCAGCCUUUCUCCAAAGUCGGAAUCGACUAUGCCGGCCCCGUUCCAAUGAGAGAAUGCCGCCUACGGAAGCCUAGAGAGUACAAGGUCUACAUAGCUGUUUUUGUUUGCAUGGCUGUCAAAGCCGUUCAUCUGGAGCUCGUUCUUGAGCUAUCUACUGACGCAUUUUUAGCGGCGUUCGAUAGGUUUGUAGCUCGUCGUGGUCUGCCUCAAGAAAUCUUUUCUGACUGCGGUACCAACUUUGUUGGCGCGUCAAAACGGCUAUCCAUACUGGUCAACCAUCCAGAAAAUCGUGACCGGUUGACAGCUCGCGCUCCCUGUUCUUGGAACUUUAACCCCCCGGCGGCACCACAUUUUGGAGGUCUCUGGGAAGCCACCGUACGUUCAACCAAAACUCUGUUGUCUAGGGUAAUGGGGUGUCACCAUCCAACCUUGGUGGAACUAUCAACCGUGCUCUGUCGAAUCGAAGCUGUCCUCAACUCACGACCACUCACGCCAAUGUCUUCGUCCUCAUUGGACUUAGACUAUUUGACACCAGGUCAUUUUCUGAUUGGCCGGCCGUUGCUGUCCGUGCCAGAUCUGCCGAUGCCAGAGACAGCUAGCAAGUCGGUUCCUCGUUGGAAGCUUCUCCACCAGUGCCAUCAGGCGUUCUGGCGUCGGUGGUCCGCCGAAUAUUUAUGCUCUCUGCAAGUACGCAACAAAUGGACUAAGAGCAGCCCCAACCUCAAAAUAGGCGAUAUGGUCGUAGUGAAAGACAAACAGCUGGCCCCCACCCACUGGCGCUUAGGACGCAUACUAAGUGUCAACCCAGGCGUUGACGGUGUAGUUCGUGUAGUCCGAUUGUUAACUUCACAAGGGGAGCUAACUAGACCUGUGGUUAAGUUAGUAUUGUUACCUACGGAAUAG